UAUAUAUGAUUUGACAAAUAAUAACGUUUUGAAAUAAAAGCAAAUUUUUGUAUCAAAUAAAAUGAGUGAACAGUUCUCUGGUUUGAGGAUUGAAUGAUUGACUGAUUGAUUGAUUGGAUGUUUACUGUUAUAUCAAUAUUAGUGACUAACUGUAGAGAUGUUGGCGUUAGUGAACCGAAUCCUCGAUUGGCUAAGAAGUCUGUUCUGGAAGGAAGAGAUGGAACUGACUUUGGUUGGACUGCAGUAUUCGGGCAAAACCACCUUUGUCAAUGUGAUCGCCUCGGGCCAAUUCUGCGAAGACAUGAUUCCGACGGUUGGCUUCAAUAUGAGGAAAGUGACGAAAGGAAACGUUACCAUUAAAAUUUGGGACAUCGGAGGUCAGCCCAGAUUCAGGUCUAUGUGGGAACGAUAUUGUAGAGGAGUUAAUGCCAUUGUAUAUAUGGUGGACGCGGCAGACCAGGAGAAGGUGGAGGCAUCACGUAAUGAGUUGCAUAAUCUGCUGGAGAAGCCACAGUUGGCGGCUAUCCCUGUAUUAGUGUUGGGAAACAAACGUGAUUUGGCCAACGCUUUGGACGAGAAAGAACUCAUUGAACAGAUGAAUUUAGCCGCUAUUCAAGACCGAGAGAUCUGUUGCUAUUCUAUAUCUUGCAAAGAGAAGGAUAACAUCGACAUAACACUUCAAUGGCUUAUAUCUCAUUCCAAGUCUGGUUCGCGUUAGACAUUACAGUCUUAUUGCUCUCAUCUGAAGAUAUUUCCAAUACUUUUUAUUUAACUUUAAUUUUAAAACUCUUAACUUAAUAAUAAUACGAAGAUUUAAUUAUUUCUAACAUAAUAUUUAUCAAUUAUAAUACAUUUGCAAAUCUAUUACAAUUAUAUACCUUUAUUAUAUUAUUACCACUCAAUAGUCAAAUUCACUUAUUAUUA